AUGUCCAACAACGUUUCCGUCGACCUGUCUCUUGAAGAGAUCACGAAGAAGAUCAAGAAUCAGCAGAUCGGCAAGAAGUUGUCCGAAGGAAACGAGAAGCGGUUCGACCAGAAGGGACCGGCUACUAUCAGUCCACGUCGUCGCUCCGGAGGCUUCCAGAAGAAGGCCCUUCCGCCGACGGUCACUUUGAACGAGAAGAGGAAUGUGCGAGUGGAAUUCACGACUGCUCCGACUCGGAACAUCGGGAGAAAGGAGCAAAAGUCUGCGAAAGGGUUAAAGAAGAACGGAAAGCGAACGGAGAAACCGAUGAAGAUGACGGAGCAAUUGGAUGCUGAGCUCGCCGCGUACAUGGGAAAGACGGAGAAUAAGAACUCGAGAAAGGUGAAGAUGCAGCAGCUGAUUAUCGAGCAACUGGAUGCCGAAAUGGAGGAGUACAUGGCCAAGAGGACCAAAAGCGGACCGACCGAGAAGCAGCUCCUUGAAAUCGCCAUGGAUCUCGACUAA